UUUCGUCGGUGAUGAGUGCAGUCAUAAAGUAAAGAUCCACAACGUCCGGUUAUGGAUACCCUUGAUCAAGAUAUAAUGCUCUGUUUUAUGUGUAAGACGGCUGUCGUUCAGAUGCACUGUGAUACAUGCGGUGUCAACCUGUGUAAGGCAUGCGUUGGAGAACACAUCUCAACUAGCAAAUCUAAGAAUCAUAAAGUUGUAAAAUUUCAGUCAAGGAAAUUCACUCCUCUCUACCCUGGAUGUGUCUCACAUGGAGAAAAACGAUGUGAAAUGUACUGUAAGCACUGUGAUAUUCCUGUCUGUCACAUUUGCAUUGCAUCUGAUGAACACUUUCGACACAAAUUAUCAAACAUCUUUAAUGUUUUGGGCGAAAAGAGAGACUUUGUAAAGAAAACUCUAAAUGAAUUAAAUGAGUUCAUAUAUCCUACCUAUCAGGACAUUGCAGCUGAUGUACAAAACAGAAUACGUCAAAUAGAUGAGGAAUAUGAAGAACUUUCAACUACCAUAACAAAACGUGGAGAAGACUUGCACAGAAAAAUUGACAAUCUCGUCAAUAAAUUUAAAGCUGAAAUAUGCGAAAUGAAGACCUCACAGUUACACAUCUUCGAAAAUCAUUUGGAUGAAAUCAACGAAAACAUUGUUCAGAUUAAAGGUGAUAUUGACACACUUGAUAGUGCUGUAGACUCUAAUGACCUGUCAAUACUUUUAAGGGUGGACUGCAAUGUAAAUAAAUAUAAAAAGUUUCCACAAAACCUUUUACCCUCUGUUCCUAAAUUCAAUCCAGGCAAAAUCAAAGGGAGAGAAUUUUAUAAAGUUUUUGGGGAUUUAUCAUCAGUUUCUCUUACGGAGGAAGGGCCUAAUUACAGAUUAAAGAAAAUAAAAGAAUCACAGGACGUUGAUGCCGUUGCUUUAGUCCAGCGAAAAUCAAGGCACAAUUUUUCCCCAACUACCGUCUCUCUGAAUUCAUCAGACGCUGCAGUUUCUCCACCAGACAAACAGGAAUCAUCAGAACAUAAAUCCCAAAACUUACGCAAAUUGCUGCUUGAUCCAGAUAUUUUCAGUGGAAUGGAGUUUUUUGGCAUCGAGACAAAUAUCGCAUGUCUUGGUUAUGACGAGUUUUGGAAAUGUGGAGAAAGCAAUACCAUGUCACUGUACAGAAUCAAACAAGGCUCUGUACUAAAUAUUAAGUCAAUUAAAACAAAGUCAAGGAAAAACCCAACAGACAUAGCAAUUGCAAGAGAUGGAUAUCUACUUUAUACCGAUUACCAGAGCAAAACUGUGAACAUUCUAUGUGAAAAAGAUUAUGUGUUGAUCAAAUUGAAGACCUGGAGACCUCAGGCUGUCUGUACAAGCUCCGCUGGUGACGUUUUGGUUACCAUGGAAAGUGAUGAUAAAACACAAUCAAAAGUUGUGCGGUAUAAUGUUUUCAUAGAAAGAACUCCACAUCCCUUCGCUGGAGAGAAACAAAACAUUCAGUUUGAUGAUAAAGGUUUACCUCUUUAUUCCUCUCGUUGUUCUGAUAAAUACAUAUGCGAGAACAAUAACCAUGAUAUCUGUGUAUCUGACUGUGGAGCUAAAGCAGUAGUGGUAGUAAAUCAGGCAGGAAAACGGAGAUUCAAAUAUACUGGCAUUUUUUCUGGUCCAGAUAGCAAACCAUUCAAUCCAAAAGGAAUCACAACAGACAGUCAAUGUAACAUUCUUAUAGCUGAUCAUGAUAAUUUUUGUGUCCAGGUUAUGGACCAAGAUGGACAGUUUCUAAAGUCCAUAAGUCUACGAGUUCAUAAACCAUAUGGAUUGUCUACAGAUUCAGACGAUAAUCUUUUUGUUGCUGUAACAGAUUUAAAAGCAUUUUUCCCACUAAGCCACGUGAAGAAAAUCAAAUACUUGCAGUGAAAAAUAAUUAUGCAAUUAAAAAUAUAUUCAAAACACCUGAAAAUGCAAAAACAGACUUAAAAAUAUUUUUUCAAAUCAUUAAUAUUGUUGAUACAAUGAUUUUUAUUGUAAAAAGUUACGACAUCUAUGGAUCUCAAGCUUUAAAAUUGUUCAUGGGUUGCAAUGUUUACCUGACCGAGUCAAUUGGCAUACAGGAAAUUUGUCAGUUUGCAAGAAGAUUUUGCUCCUCCAUUUUAUCAGGUCACCCCUCUAGUGAUUUUUGACCCACUUUAGCAUACCAUUUUUGAUGUUUUGAGAGUUUCAUAUUUACUCCUCCACAUUCAUUUUGUAAUCAGAACAACACUACUGUGAUUCUUGAAUAUCACCAUGCAAGUGUGUCUUAUUACGGUCGAAAUGAGAUUGCACAUUUUAAAUUUAAGGUUAUGAAAACUGCAAUGAAAAUAUGCCUCAAUUUUUUUUCAAACCCGGCUUGUUUCAUUUUCUUGUACUUUCUCUAUAAAAUAAAUGUUUGUCCCACUCCUUAGGGUCAGAAAAACUGUAUGUUAAAAUACCGAGAAACAUCAUCUCAGUAAUGCUUCAUUCUCCUCCAUGGCACCUGAUCCAACCUCUGAUGAUCUGGAGGUCGGCAUUUGCUCUACUUAUAUUUUGUAUGUUCUGACAUAGCGAUAAAAUUGGACUUUUAUUUAUUUAUACAUUAUUAAUUGAUUGAUUUCUACAUUAAUAAUUAUUCAUUAAAUUUUUAUCAGAAGAAAAGUAUUUUUGAGUUGAUUAAAAAAUGAAUAAGCACCUAUUCAUUGAUAAUCUGCCAUUUCAAAAUGCCUUUAUAAUUUUUUCCCGAACCAUUAACUGACAUCUGCUUUACAUAGCAGCAUGGGAUUAGGUGUGUAGGAAAAUUAUAGAUUUCCUGCCAACAGGACAACUGUUCUACUCGUUGUUGUACGAGGGUUGAUCCAAAUGCAAUGUCUUUACAGCUGUAGAAUCUAUAAUAGUCGAAAAUGCGCGGCAACGUUGAGGGUUAUUAAGCAGUGAGAGAUCUUUUUUGUAUUAGUAUCUAAAACUGCAAGAAGUAUCGGUUUAGAUGUAUUUUGUUUCAUUAAAAGUACCUAUCUUCAAUCCCCACAGUUACAUUCAUACCUGUUAUGAUCAACGCCUUACCCUGAAUCGUUAGAGUGAAUACUCUGACUGCUACGCAACGUAAGCGACAAAAUGAAAAGACCCUUAAGCAAUCAUGCUUUUUGUUGAAUACAUUCUAUAUCUUGGGAAUGCAUUUCACAACAUAUGAUGGUUUUAUGAAGGAUUUCUUCAAGUUGAAACAAACUCUGGACACUACUUUUCUGAGCUGUAUCUUCUUAGCCAUUUUUCUUUUCAAUAAAGAUUUUUAAAUUGUUUUAGUGAUUUAUUCUGAUGAGGAUUUUCUAUCAUU